GAAUGCAGUGACGGCUACGUCAUCUCCAAUGACAUUUGCGUCCCCUGCUUGGCGGGAACGUACCAGCUCGGUAACAGCUGCGAGCAGUGCGGGUCGGGGCAGUUCUCCAUCAAUGCUUCGACCUUCUGCUUCUGCUCUGCGGGAUACGAGUUGAUCAACGGGAACUGCUCGCUUUGUCCUGUCGGGUACUACAAGCCGAUCUACCCACCCACUCUCUGCCUCAGGUGUCCCAACGGUACGACCUCGCAGGGCCUCGGAUCCACGUCCGUAAACGACUGCUGCUAUUGCCCUGCCGGGUACUACGGGGCAAACGGGGGAAUAUGUGUUCCCUGCGACGCCAACACCUUCACCGACCGCGCGGGGUCGUACAGCUGCCUGCGCUGCCCGUUCAACUAUGUCUCAGACAUCCUCGGGUCGACGAGCAUCAACAACUGCACCUGCCCCCCGGGUUACUACGAGAACAAUGGCGCCUCGCCCAUCAUUGUGUAUGGACGCCCCUUGAAAACGAUAUGCAAGGCUUGUCCGCUGGGUACCUACAAGUCUAACCCAGGAUCGGAGACGUGCACCCCCUGCCCUUCGUACAAGUCCACCCGGCAGGCAGGGAGCGUUUCCCUGGCGAACUGCACCUGCGCGUCGGGGUACUACGACACUGGGAACAGGACGUGUGUCGUGUGCCCACCUUCCACACUUUCGUACCUGAACCUGUAUGGAUCAUGUUCUCUCUGUCCCACCAAUAUGAUCAAGCUAGUCAAUUCCACAACACAACAAGAGUAUUGUGCCUGUGACCUCGGCUAUGAGUAUGUCAACGGGAAAUGCACCGCCUGCCGACCUGGGUUCUACAAGGAAAUAUACGGAGAAUCUUCCUGCAAG